GGCACCGGCAGGGCUGGGGGGCUGUUGCUUGGGAGCGAGGGGCAGAUCUUGGCGACAAGACCAUCUGGGGUGGGGAUGGCUUUCACCACCGUCCGCAAGACCGGGGCCGGCGAGCACAUGCCCAGGGCCAUCUUCUCGCACGUGGAGCUCUCCGUGAUUGGGGAGUGUGGCGCCAGGGCACAGAGCGAUAGCAGGGGGUGCCCUGCUGUGGUCACACCUGGCACUACCCAGCCCUCAGUCCCCGCGGGCCCAGGGCCCCUGGCUGAAGGGUCUGUAUCCUGGAGCCGGUCCGUGGGGCCCCGGCCCUGAACCAAAUGGCCCUGACGGGCUGCGACUCCUGCUGGGAGUGGCCCGGGUUUGCCUCUAGCACGCAGACACACGGAGAGCUGCGGGGGGGCCACCCAGUGGACAUCACGCUCUGUCACAUGGACAGGCCAGGGGCAACCUGUGCAGCUGACCCACAGUAGCGUUGUUCCUGGAUGGCGCCACGUCCCUGCUGCCCGCAUGUUGCCAUGGGUCAGAGCAGGGCCUCCAGUCCUCUGGGACACGGCUCCAAGGGCACACGUGUCAGUAGUGGGCAGUAGCGUGUUCAUGCAACUGCAGUUGGGAGCCCCGCCCCCCCCCGAAGUCCAGCAGGUCCCGGGCAUGCCGUGCCUUGCAGACCAGGUGCGCGCUGGGACCUACCAGCAGCUCUUCCACCCCAAGCAGCUCCUCGCGGACAAGGAGGACACGGCCAACAGCUGUGCCCGUGGGUACUACACCGUCAACAAGGAGAUCAUCAACCCCAUGCUGGAGCACAUCCGCGAGCUGGUGAGUGUUGUUGGUCCGCGGAGGCUGGAGGGUCUGGAAGUUGGGGUGGGGAGUCACAGGAAUGUAAGUAGGGCCAGACUGGGUCAGACCCGUGCUCCAGCGUCCCAUCUCCUGCGGUGGCAGAUGUAGUCGCUAUAGAGGAAGAGUAUGGCACUGGAUCUCUCUCGGGCGCGCUCUUCCCUGCCCAGCACCCUCCACCAUCAUGGGGUUGGAGCUGCCCGAGGACACCUCUCCACCUGCUCCAUUCAACAGCCAUGAAUAGGCGGAUCCUCCACGGAUGUAUCCUGGCUCUGCUCUCAGCCUCCACCCCCUCCUGGGGUAGCACAGCGCCUCGCUAACGAGGGGGGCUGGUCAAAAAGUCCUUUCUCUUGUUCCUUUUAAACCCACUCCCUGCUCAUUGCAGCUGGUGCCCCCAGCUCUGGCGUGUGGGACGGGGGAGCAACAUUGCGCAGGCUGCAGACAACGUUGUAGACCCCCGUCCUCUUCCCCCUCGCCGGCUCCUUUCCACACUGAAGGGUCCUGGCCUUUCUAGUUUCUCCUGGUCUGACAACGGCUCCAGGCCCCUGCUCGUUGUAGCUGCUCUUUUCUGAGUCUGCUGCAUGCUGGGGACGUGGGGACCAGGCCUGCACGCCGGAGUCGAGGUGAGGGUGCACCCACAUUUGCAGAGAGCCAGGCAAUGCUUUCCAGGUUGUUUUCCAUUUCAGUCUUAACAAUGCCCAAUAUUUUAUUUGGUCAUCGCUGUGCCCGGAGCUGACUACAGAACCGUCUCCAGUGAGUCCAGGGUGUCUCUCCUGAGUCCUAGCAGCUAGUUCAGGCUCCAGCCCCACGUGUGUGUAGCUGGGGUAUUUUUCCCCAGGCUGCACUUCUCCCUAGUGCAGUUUGUCUGCUGGGUUUUUGCCCCCUCCCAAGCUGGGCGAGAUCUUCCUGCGGCUCCUCUCCGUCAGCCUGUGGCUUGGCUCCCCGGGAUCACUUGGUAUCAUGAGCAGGCUUGGAGAUGUCACCGUGCCACCCCAUUUCCAGGUCACCAAUGAAAAUGUCGCACAAAACCCUGCACAGAUCUCAGCCAGACCCCGCUUUUGACCUCCCUCGAUCCAGAAAAGUGACCACCAAGCCUCCCCUUUGCUUCCUGUCUCUCGGUCCGCAAAACCUUCUCGCUGGUCCUGUGGCCACAGCUGUGUUUAAAGCCGUUGGUGAGGGACCUCGUCAAAAGCCCAAAUGUAAGAUGUCGACUGGAUCCCCCUUGUUCCUGUGCUUGGGACCCCCGCAGCGAGCUCCAGCAUGUCGGUGAUGCAGGAUUUCCCAUUACAAACCGUGCUGGCUGGUCCCCAGCGGGUCUCGCUUGUCCAGAGGCUGCAGGUUGGAUGCUCGACUACAGUUUCUACCAGCUUUCCUGCUCCGUAGCUCCAGGGUCCCCUCGUUAUGUCGGCGACCCGCCAGCCCUCUGGCGCAGGCCGGCUGUAACAAUAGCUCACAUUUUGCUGCCAGGAGUUCUGCAAUGUCACCACCGAGUCCCAGCAGAGCUCUUGGCCGAGUGCCUGCGACUUGCUCAUGGUCUGUUUAUCCAUCGGAUAAGCUCCCUCUGUCGUCCCUGCAGCAUGGGCCCCUCUGCCAGAAAGGACUGAAGUGGCAAGAGGAUUUCCCUUGGUCCCUUGUGUGCCGAACACGGACUUUGUUGAGCUUCUGGGCUGAAGGCUUUGAGUGCACCUCUGGCACCCCGGGCAUUAGUGGUCUCGCUGAGUCUCUGGCUGGCUUCCACCUGCUGACGUGCUUGGAAAAGUUAUCGUUAACUUCCGCGUGUUUUGCUAGAUGCUUCUCAAAUUCUUCUUUGGCCUUGUUGCACUUCUGCGCUGUAGCGGCCGGAGUUCGUGGGCCUGCCUGGUUUCUUCCUCAUGUGAACACACCUUCCAUUUUCGAAGGAUGCCUUUGUACCUGGAACGGCCUCCUGAACACUGGCACUGACCCGGGGUGGGGUUUUAUCAGACCGCUCGGUGCCCUUUCUGUUCUGUGGCACAGGCUGUGCUCUGACGCAGUAUUUAUAAACAGCCUCCAAACUGUUUGCAUGUUAUCAACUUGCUUCCUCGUUCUUGUCUAAUUUGCACUCGUGUCCGCAUGUGGCAGACUCUUUUUUUUGUCUCGUUCCCUCCUGCUUGAAUGUUGAGUGCAAUCGUAGACGAUGAAGGUUGGAAGGGACCUCGGGAGGUCACAUCUAGUCCAACCCCUGCUCAGAGCAGGGCCAGCCCCAAAUGCAUCAUCCCAGCCAAGGCUUUGUCUAGCUGGGUCUUAAACACCUCCAAGAUUGGAGUGUCCAAUCGCCUCUCUGGGUAGCCUGGUUUAGUGCUUUACUACACUCCAAGGGAGAGUUUUCCUUAAUAUCGAGCUUCAGUUUCCCUUGCUGCAGCUGGAGCCCAUUGCUCAUCUGCCCCCACCGAGACCAGCCCAGCUCCAUGCUCUUUGCGGCCCCCCUGCAGGGAGGUGAAGGCUGCUAUUCAAUCCCCCUCGGUCUUCUCUUCUGCCGAGUGAAGCACCCCGGUCCCCACACCUCUCCUCGUGCCGUGCGGUGGUUGCUGUUGCAGGGCGGCUGGCAAGCGCCAGGCCUGGUGUGACUGCAUUAGGUCUCGCCUUGCUUCUCCUCUUGUGGGUUCUAGAAACGGUCACUUUUUCACCCAGAAAUUGCAUUCCCACAGCUCGCCCCGAGCAGUCUGCCCUGCCUGCGUGGGGGCGGGUGCAGUCUCCCGUGAUCAUUGCUCGUCUUAUUUUAGCAGCUUCUGCCCCCCCGUUUCAUAGUCGCCUCAGGCGGUCGGCGGUACGACCCCAGCCCCGUGUCCUUAUUCAAGAGCGGGGUUUCUCCGCGCAGCGGCUCUGUGGCGGUUCCCCUUCCAGGUGAGAUGCUUGUGCCGUUCCCAUCAGCGCCAUCCCUGCCCUACCUUGUCUCUUCAUGCUGUCGUUCCCACAGUUUGGAUCGUGACCCGUGGAUCGCCGCCCGUCCCCCAAGCCUCGGAGAUGCCCGUUGUGCUGAAGUCGCCGGUUCGUGGCAGGCAGCGCAGCGCAGCGCAGCGCAGUCCACCCCUCCUACUUGUGGCGCUGGGACUCUGUGAAUUGCCUGUCCGUGCCCAGCACCACCCACCACGCCUGGACCGCUUGUGGCCUGAGCCAGGGACUCCCACCUCCUGCCCGCCAAGUGCUGACAUCACAAUCAGCCUGAGCUUCCCAUUGGCUGCAUCGGGUGUUAAUGCUCAGCGGGGGGCCGGGCUGGGCCCUCCCCGUGGCGGCAGUGGCAGGGCCAGGCUGGGCAGGUGUGAAGCUGCGCCGGAGGGGCCGGCGGCCACGGGCAGGAUGCGGCCGGGACCACGCCUCCUGCAGUGAGGUGUGGCCUGGACCUUGCUGGCCAGAGAGGGGGUGCUGAGUGCCAAGGGUGGGGUGCUGCUGCCCCUCCAAAUGGAGUCUGGGGGUGGCACCCCUCUGUCCCCAGUAGUCACUGUAAGCUCUGAGCAGGUGGAGACCCCGAGCACUAGGGCGAUGCUCCCUCCUUGGGGCUGUCUGUCCCCUGCCCAAAAGAUGCCAGCCCGGACCAAGUCUGGGAAGUCCCCUUCUGCACCGGGGUCCUGAAGAGCUGCAUGGCCACCACCCCAGAUUUGCCCCCUGCUCAGCUGAGCCCGGCCGGGGGGGUUUCCCCUCCUUCUGCAGCAGGGGCACGGCCUGGGCCUGGGCUCUCUCCAGCGCCCGCUGACCCCCCCCGGCAGCAGCAGGACGUUGGCAGUUGUAGCCCCCCAGUAUCCUGGGGGCAAGGGUGAAGUCCGGGCCUGUAUCAGGAACGAUGGUGUUGUGCAGCUCUGAGGUCGUGCACAGGGUUGGUCUGGGUGGGCUUGGAUGGGGCUGAUCCUGCUUUGGGCUGGCACCCCGCGGCACCGGGACUCUUUCGUGCCCAAGAGGGCUGCGGGAUGCGCUGCCUGCAGGUGCAGGGCCAGCGGUGGGGUCCAGUCCCUGCCAGUCAGCCCCAGAUGCCUCUUGUUGCCUCCCCUGCACAGCUGCCCCGGCACCCCCGGCCCCGCCAUGGUGGAGUACUACGAGUUGCUGGGCAUCCCCCGCAGCGCCUCCGCGGACGACAUCAAGAAAGCGUACCGGCGGGCGGCGCUGCGGUGGCACCCGGACAAGAACCCCGAGGAGAAGGACUUCGCCGAGCGGAGGUUCAAGGAGAUUGCGGAGGCCUAUGAAGUGCUGUCGGACCAGAGCAAGCGUGACCUGUACGACCGCUACGGCAAGGAUGGGCUCCUGGGAGCCGGGACGGGUGACCCCCGGGCCAGGACAGGCGCUCCGGGCUUCACCUUUACCUUCCGCGGGGCAGACGAGGUCUUCAGGGAGGUCUUUGGCGGCCGGGAUCCUUUCGCUGACUUGUUUGAUUUCUUCUCAUCCUUUGGCUCCGACGCGGGAGUCGGCUUCCGCUCCGUCUCCAGCUCCACCACCUUCGUCAACGGCAAGCGUGUCACCACCAACAGGAUUGUGGAGAACGGACAGGAGCGGGUGGAGGUGGAGGAGGACGGGGAGCUGAAGUCGACCCAGCUCAUACAUGAUGCAGGCGGUGCAGCGGAUCCAAGCCACCAGGAGCCGCCCGGCCUCCGGAGCUGUACCCCCGCGUCUCCAGCGCCGCCACGCAGCCCCAGCGUCACCUCCUCCUGCGGCCUGCCCGAGGACGAGGACGAGGACCGGGACGUGCAGCACAGUGCACCCUGCAGCCUGUCUGGGGAGGACGCGGGGCAGCCCCGGGCCAGUGCCAAGAAGUGGUGGGGCAGCAGCCGGCGGGUGUGCAACGGGCCCGGCGAGGCUCCCGGGGCGUGCCAGGAGCCCCCGGGCAGACCCAGCGGGGCAGAGAGCCCCGGCGGCGGGGACAGCACGUGGGAUUGGGAGGAGAGGGCGGCCGAGGCGCCGAAGCGGGCGAGCAGCGCUGGAGCCGGCAGGGCCCAGGCGCUGCCCGACGAGACCGAGUCGGUGCCGGACGAGGGCGAGUUCAGCCUCAGCGACGUGUGCAAGGCGCUGGCCGAGAUCGAGUCGUGUCCCCACGACAGGGAGUCGGUGGUGUGCGGCAUCCUGUGACCCCCCCCGGGGCGCUGGGACCCCGGCGGAGCUGCCCAGGCCCGGCCGCGCCGAGUAAAGGCAGCCUCGGAGCCACCGGCCUCCGUGUGAGUCGCUCGGCAGCUGGGCUGGGCCCCGGCUCCCCGCGUCCUGCCACGGGCCGGGGCAGGGACAGGGACAGGGACAUGCCUUCGCGCCGCGCCGCGCCGGGACCCCGGCCCCGCCGCACACGCGCGCGUGCCUUCGUGUCCACACGCCUGGGUGGAGACACGCGUGACCAUGGGCACGCGCCCCUGGCGGAGCGGGGCAGCAGGGGCUGCGGCCGG